CGUAGUAGCAAAAUAACAAUUUAUAAUAAUAAUAAUAUAUAUAUAUAUAUGAGGAUAUUGAGGGAUGUCGUCGUUCCGUCGAUAAGAGGAAUAAGGAAUUGGAGGAGAGGAAAUAAGUAGGAAAGAGUGUAAGGGGUCGGUAAACCUGUAAAGCAGCAGGCGCGGGCGGCGGACGACAAAAAACGUUUAUUAUUGUGUUGCCCUCAUCUUGUCUCUUGAAACGUUUGUGCGCCAUAGUUGCGCUCGCGCGAUAUCGGUGGUGGUGUGUCCUCAUAUUAUUGACCAGAGCCCGGCUUUCGUGACUUGUACUUUUUUUUUUUUUUUCAGAAUACAAUUCUCGCGGCACGGCACGGCAACCGCACGCGUUAGUUACGUCAUUCGUUGCAGUUUUACCUUAGUCUUUGCCUUAGUUCGCCAACUCGGGAGCGAGAAAAAUGCAAAUUCAGCAAGGUUUGAAAUAUGCGACAAUUGUUUGCUAACGUAUAAUAAUACAUAUGCCAGAAAAACUGAUUGGAAAAUAAGGAAAAUAAUGGUUAAUUGGCGCGUUGGCGCAUAUCCGGCAUAUACACGGCGAAUGACGAGUGUGCGCGUUGUCGUCCCUCAAACCUCUUAGCCUCGAGCACGGUCAGUCGGUAUUUCGGUAUUAGACUCGGGACCCUCAGAACCCGUAGGUUACUAUAGGAAUUGACGACGGGAGAGCAAGCAGUAACAAUAAAAACAACACAACGUUGUUUCUAUUCUAUCUUUGUCGUCCGACGGUGUCGUCGAGGUAGUGAUCAUUUAUACCACCGAAUGUGCUACUCGGGUCGAUGUUUGAUAUUUUACGAUUCGAUUCAACUUCACGCGGUCCAUUUUCCUCCCUUCAAUAAUAAUAACAUUUAAUAAACGAAAGGAAGAAAAAAGACAAUAUUAUAAAAAAGCUGUGCGUUUAAUUAUACACGUGUCGUCGUUGGAUAUUACAGAGGAAAUCUCGCGUGCUUAUGUAGUAGCCAUAGAUUAUUUCUUUACGUAUAACGAAGUGUGCUUCGCUCAAGUGAAUUAUUCUAUUACGCAUUGGCGGCGGCGGCAGAGGCGGCGGCAGCAGCAGCAGCAGCAGCAGCAGCAGCUGCAACAACAACAACAGUAAAAAAAGAAUUAUCAUAGUACACCGAUCGAUACGGAUUCUCAUUAUCGUUCCGUGGUCAAACGAAGAGGGAGAAAGGAAGAUUUUGUAUGUCUUUUCCACCACGAUCGUCGACAGUUGUGAUAGCCACCCCCCGCAGUACCAUUGUUCUACGUCGAUAUCAACGAGCUUACAAAUAACAUGCCUCCGGUAAUACCGUUCGAUCCGGUAUAAGGAACGAGUUGACUUUUACUCAGUUCGUAUUACAAUUGCGCGAGACAAGAUAGUCAGAGACACAAAAAAAGGAAGGGUUGUCAAAAUGAGUUCUCAGCCGAUUCUUGUACCAGGCGGAGAACGUCGUUCUACUACGGAUGCUCAAUCUAUCUCCGUAGGUUAUCCAGGAGAAUUUAAAACGACAACACCACCCGGCGUCAGUAGAUCCUUCAGUAGUCCACCGGGAGAGGAUCGGCGAGCUCGACACAGUGGCGUUCAACAUCAGCCGGUUCAAUUACCGAAGUUACCCUCUUCGGAGUCUCUCACGUCGAGCGGUGUUAAUCCGACAACGGGUCCUCCUCCGCCACUAUCACCAGGAUUAUCGUCGGGAAUAAUAACCGAGAGCAGCUUAAAAAUGGACAAUUCAUCGGACAAGUCGGCGGAUGCGUGCAAGUUAACGAGAAAAGAAUCUUACAAGGCACAACGGAAGAAUUACAGAAUGGAAAAAAAACGAGUGGCCAAUGAGCUACUAAGCUCGCUCAAGGAUCCCACCGUAAUCGUAAUGAGCGAUUGGCUCAAAGUAAGAGGCACCCUCAAAAGCUGGACAAAACUUUGGUGUAUACUCAAGCCCGGUCUUCUCUUGCUGUAUAAAAGUCCAAAAAUCAAGAGCAAUCACUGGGUCGGAACCGUCUUGUUGACGACCUGUCAGGUCAUCGAACGGCCUAGCAAAAAAGAUGGCUUUUGCUUCAAAUUGUUUCAUCCUCUUGAACAAUCGAUCUGGGCACCGAGAGGUCCGGAAAAGGAGGCCAUAGGAGCCGUUGUUCAGCCGCUACCGACCUCCUAUCUCAUAUUCAGGGCGCCUUCUCAGGCUGCUGGUAAAUGUUGGCUCGACGCCCUCGAACUUUCGCUUCGCUGUUCUUCCUUGAUCGUACGUUCCGCGAGCGCUGUGCCUCGUUCACCCCAACACGAUGCCACCACGACGCACGAGACUCAAUGGAGCGAGGCAGAUUACGAGAAACAUUUCGACGAUCACGAGUACGAGACGACCCACCACCACCACCACCACCACCACCGCCAAGUAGUAACGCUAGAUCCUGUAUACACCUCGCGCACAGACCUGGACGACAUCAGUCAACCGGAGAACGGAGUCGUCGCCGAUGCCGAUGCCGAUGCCGAGAUAAGUCCCAGCGACACCGAGUCCGAGCUAUCGAUCAAGGAGGAUGAUCAUUAUUCCGAGACGCCUUAUGUCGCUCAUGAAAACGAAUUUCUCGGAUCCGCCGGUGAGGUUGUCGCGGAACUUCCCGAUGAGCAAAAAUCCUUAAUUUGGUUUUUGAUGAAACAAGUUCGACCGGGUAUGGAUUUGUCGAAAGUCGUCUUGCCGACGUUCAUUCUCGAGCCUAGAUCCUUCUUGGAGAAACUCGCCGAUUCUUAUUAUCAUGCCGAUCUAUUGUCUCAAGCCGUACUCGAAGAUGACGCGUUCACCCGUAUGAAGGGCGUCGUUAAAUGGUAUUUGUCAGGUUUUUAUAAAAAACCGCAAGGUCUCAAGAAGCCGUACAAUCCACUCUUGGGAGAAACUUUUCGUUGUUACUGGCAACAUCCUACCGGUUCCCGUACUUUUUAUCUUGCAGAACAGAUAUCUCAUCAUCCGCCUAUCUCGGGAUUCUACGUGACUAAUAGGAGAGAUGGGUUCACUAUCAGCGCAACUAUUAUUGCCAAAUCCAAGUUUUACGGAAACUCGACUUCAGCAGUUUUGGAUGGCGCUGCUGUGCUAACGAUGUUACCACGAGGCGAGGACUACACAAUGACCAUUCCUUAUGCUCAUUGCAAAGGAAUUCUCAUGGGUACCUUGUCCAUGGAGCUCGGUGGCAAAGUCAACGUCAUUUGUGAAAAAACUGGUUAUCACACGGAAUUGGAGUUCAAGCUCAAGCCUUUCUUGGGUGGCGCCGAACAAAUGAAUCAAGUCGUCGGUAGGAUACGACUGGGAAAGGAAACCCUGGCAAAUAUUGCAGGUCAUUGGGACGGAGAGAUCAUGAUAACUGACAAACGAACAGGACAAGAAGCCGUAUUUUUUAAUCCAACACCGGAUGUUAGGGCCAAGAGGCUCAAGAAAUACACGGUACCGUUGGACAGCCAGAGCGAGUGGGAGAGUGAAAAAUUGUGGCGCGCCGUAACCCUCGCUAUAAACAACGACGAUCAGAUUGCGGCUACGGAGCAAAAGACUUUGCUCGAAGAAGCUCAACGCGAACGGGCCAAAGAACGCAAAGCCAACGGCCAAGAUUGGACACCCAAGUAUUUCGUUCAGGACGUUAUAACCGGUAAUUGGCUGUAUCGUCACGCUGAUAUUCGACCUUGGGAUCCGAGAAACGACCUCGUGCAGUACGAGCACGAUUACGUUGUGUGCACAAAGACGAGGCACAAAACACCCAUUAUGCGAACCGGCAGUAUAGUCUCUGCGGAUCCACAGAUUCAGGUGCCGUUACUACAGGCGGAAUCACGAUCCUCCCUUUCCGUUCUCAAGUCAUCCAAGAGACAACUUUCCAAUAAUUUGCCCCUGGCGGAGAUUGUCCACGAUUCAGCAAGUUCCUCAGCCGAUGUACAUUCCGAUUCUAGUCAGUCUAUGGGAAAACGAAGCAGGCGUUCUGCCGUGCGGAUCGUCAACAUGAUCAAGGAAAUGGAAGUUCGCAUGAUGGAGCAUGGUGAAAAAUUGAAUCGUAUUCAACGUACGCUGGAACAGCUCGCGGUCAGACAACGCUUACAACGAGACAACAAUUACAAUACGAAUAUGUUGAAAAACUUUAUCGAUACGAUGAUAGUAAUCGUUGUAGUAUUUUUCGUGCAAUACCUCAUCAAGAUAUGGAAUCGCGAUAAUACCGAUAAUAGCGGUGUCAAUGGAACUUGGUGAGUUGACAUUAUUUGAAUGUUGGUACAACGCGCUUUUGAUAAUCUUGCUACCGCCGUCGCUUUGAGAAUUAUUCUUUCGUUUCUUCACGGCGGGCCAAACGAGCCGGAAGUUAUAAUUUCAUAACGAAAUGAGAGAACGUCGUCCUAUCGUUAUCGUCGUCUACUAACUGGGGAAAAUCUAUCGUCUUGAUAUAAUUGAUUAUGGAUAAUAAAAUCAGCAGAAUUUUCGUAGGGAAUAUCGUAACGUGUAGUUAUUGAUUGAACGAUUCGCACGAAAAACAUAAUUAUAAAUAAUCACGCCACUUAUUGAAUCCUCAAUUAUUGUGUUAUCGAUAGUUCGUAACAAAACUGUAAAUACAUGUACACGGGGGGGGUACUCUCUCUGACGCGAAACAGUUGAUGCGUCCCGGUCGACCUCCCCACCGCCCAUAUUUUUUCUUCUUUCCUCCAAACCCGUUUGAGGCCAAUUUUUGAUCGGAUCCUGUUGUUAUCGUUUUUGUUUUCGUAAAUUUUAUUAUUUUUCACGCUUUUCCGUGCUUGCGUAUACAUUCUCGUUAUCAACACACACAAUAUUUUUUUAAUUCAAGACACGUCGAAUCACUAGAGCUACGUUAUUUAUUAUCUAUAUACAAUAUGUCGUUCCAAUCUUCGAUGAUAUCAACUUUCCCGUUUUUUGAUUUAUUGCUUUUUAUUUACGCUCAGAGAUUUUCAGGGUACACGGUGAAGGGCGCUCGUUUAUUCUAAUGGAAAUAUUGUGCAAUUGGUUUGUACGGUUGUAGAAAAAAAUACACGUGUAUAUUAUUUUUUAGCUAUAACAGGAUGUUGUAUUUGAGACACAAAAGAUAAUUAUUUAGUGCUGUCGGUGAAUUACGACAAGCGUUGAUAGGGUCGAACGACGCGCAGCUUUUGAAAGACGCCGCAGGCCGCGUUUCCCGGCGAUCGUUGAAAGAAUUUCUCAUUGCGUUGAAGCAGCCGUAUAGUCGGGCUGCAUCGAUUGAUGAUUUUCCAUGAUGCUAAUAUAAGAGAAGGAACAGUAUGAGUAUGAGAAAGAGAGAGAUAGCAAAUAAUGAACUUGUAAUCCUCGAGUAUGAUCGAAUAUACGACGAGAGAGCGUAUGAUGAGACACGACGUACUUCUUAUACCGCGUACCAAAUCCGCAUUUUUUCAUAUACGGGAAGACAUAGAAAAUUGUUAAAUCGUACGCUGAAAAAAAGGACGAUUCCCAGUUCAGCCAAGUUCAACAAUUAUAAUCCUGUGGUCCGGGUUAACCGGUUCGAGGGUUGAACGAAACUCCUUUCCUCUUUCAUUUGCAGAAUUGCAGAAAACCAGCGUGUUUGUAAAUAAUUUAUUGAUGUCUAUAAUAUGUGUAUUUUUUGAAAUACAAUGAUCAACGAUACGAAAAAUUA